ACGUUGUUCGUUUGCGAGUGGAGGUCUCUGUGCAGUGUGCUUGCACUGUCGAAAAUGCCGCGAAAUUAGCGAUUGUGUACUGUGCUUGUGUAUUGCGCACGUCCUUAGCAUUGCUCCAGCGUCGGCGCUAGAACCGUGAUGGCGUCGUCCAUGAAACUACUCGUGUGCGGCGAUGUCGGCGGUCAGUUUGACAAACUUUUCGACCGCGUGUCGAGCGUCAAUAAGAAGAACGGGCCGUUUGACAUGCUACUAUGCGUCGGCGACUUCUUCGGGCCCGACACUUCGCGAUGGCUUCAGUACAAGCUAAGCGGUAGCAAGGUCCCUUUGCAGACAUACGCCGUUGGCGUCACGCCGGAGUCGUAUUCAGACUCGGACCUCGCGGACAACGUCGUCCACUUGGGUUCCCGUGGAAUCUUUACCGGCGCCUCGGGCCUCAAGAUCGCCUACUUCUGCGGAAACGAGAGCAAAGACGGCAAGCCUUCCAGAGGCGAGUUUGUCAAGAAGGAAGCGGUUGAGUUCUUAGCCCCGAUCGCCGAAAGUACGAGCCACAAAGGCAUAGACUUGUUCAUCACGUCCCAGUGGCCAAGAAACGUCAGCAAGUAUGCUCACACGGCGUCCGCGGAAGAAGAAAACGGUUCGGAUGUCAUCUCUCUACUCGCCUAUUUCCUCCGGCCCAGAUACCACUUCACGUCUUCCGGAAACAGCUACUACGAGAGGACUCCGUACAGGAACCACAAGGUACUCCAGGAACAAGCUCGCCACGUUACGCGAUUCAUAUCACUGGCCUCCGUCGGCAACGCGACAAAGGCCAAGUGGCUGUACGCGUUCUCCAUCGCGCCCAUGUCGGGCAUGCCGAAUGCGGAACUCGUGAAGCAGCCCACCGAUGUGACCGAAUGUCCGUACGAGUUCAGCGAGUCGGACCUCAAGGACGCGUCGUCCAAGUCGCAGCAGUUCUUCUACGACCUCACGCCGGCUGCGGAAAAGGGCAAGAAACGAAAUCGUGACGCCGGCGACAAGCAGGAACGCAAGAAGCGACCCCCACCAGCUCCCAAAGGGCCCUGCUGGUUUUGUCUGGCGAGUCCCGAAGUAGAAAAGCACCUUGUCAUCAGCAUUGGUGAAAGCUGUUACCUGGCGCUGGCCAAGGGGGCGCUCAUUCCGGAUCACGUGCUGAUCCUGCCGAUAGGUCACCAUCAGAGCACGGUCGAAUUGGACGAGGAGACGCUGGAAGACGUCGUCAAGUUCAAGGAAAGCUUGAAACAGUACUUCAAGUCGAAGAAAAAGCGACCCGUCUUCUUCGAAAGGAACUACAAGAGCUCCCACCUCCAGAUCCAAGUUGUGCCCGUGCCCGAGCCGUUGAUGCCCGGUCUCCAGUCCGUGCUAGUGGACUACGGCAUGUCGCUCGGUGUCGACUUGGACGAAAUACCCCGAAACUCGAGCCUGCGCCAGAUCGUGGACCCUGGGCGGCCGUACUUCUACAUGGAGUUCGAUAAUACCAAGCUGCUGCACAGGAUUAAGAAGAACUUUCCCCUCCAAUUUGGCAGGGAAGUGUUGGCCUGCGAAGAAGUUCUCAACUUGCCGGAUAAAGCAGACUGGAAGGACUGCAAAAUGUCCAGGGAUGAGGAAGUGUCGAUGGUGGCCGAAUUUCGAAAACAGUUUGAGCCCUUUGAUUUUACACUGUGAUGCACUGUGCUUUUUGUAAAUAGACGACACAACA